AUGGACCCUUUGAGUUCACCAGGCCCUGAUGGUUUCUCAGCAGGGUUCUAUCAAGACAAUUGGUCUGUUGUGGGGUCUGAGGUAUUCCUGGCAGUUAAAGAUUUCUUAUUCUCUAGAAGGGGUUUGAGUGGCAUUAAUGAAACUUUCAUAGCUCUGAUUCCAAAGAAGAAUAAACCAAGAUUUGUCAUUAAGUUCAGACCUAUAAGCUUAUGUCGUCUAAUCUCAGAUAAUAUCAUUGUUGCUUAUGAAGCCAUGCAUUCUAUGCAACAUAGGAUGAGGGGUAAAAAGGAAGGGUAUAUGGCUCUCAAAUUGGAUAUGAGCAAUGCAUACGAUAGGAUUGAAUGGAAUUUUUUGGCUGAUGUUUUAAAGAAAAUGGGCUUUGACGAUAGUUUGCUUUUUUGCAAAGCAAAUGCAUUGGAGUGGAGCAGAUUGUAUAGCCUUUUGAGUUGUUAUGAACAUGCCUCAGGUCAGAGGUUGAAUCUGGAGAAAACAGCUAUUUACUUUAGUAAAAACACAUCUCAAACGGCUAAAGAUGCUAUUCUUUCAGGAGUAAGGCUGAGGGAGGCAAGAUCUUAUGAGAAAUAUCUAGGACUCCCUUCAUAUGUGGGCAGACACAAAGUGGCAGCCUUCAGACCCAUUUUGGAGUCUAUUAGAAAUAAAAUGAACAAUUGGAAGGUCAAUUUUCUCUCAAAGGCUGGCAAUGAGGUGAUGCUGAAGUCCAUUGUUUAG